AUGCUCGGCCUGCCCGACGUAGCGAGCAGUUUCCAAUCGUCCGGCUUCACGGUGCUGCUCUACGACCCGCGCAACACAGGCCAGUCGACGGGGGAACCACGCAACGAAAUCGACCCCAUGCAGCAAGCCAGCGACUACUCGGACGCGGUGACAUUCCUAGUCACGCAGGCACACGCGCCAGUCGACCCCUCGCGCUGCUUCCUCUGGGGCAUGUCGUUCUCCGCCGCUGUGGCGCUGUGCGCCGGGGCGCUGGAUCCGCGCGUCGCAGGGCUGGUGGCGGUGGCGCCGCUCACGGACUUCACGCUGGCGAGCGACAAGCGGGACGCGGUGCUGGCGCGAUGCGCGCAGGACCGUGCGUCCCAGAUCGCGGGCAACGAGCCGUUCUACCUCCCGAUGGUGACGGAGAAGGGCGAGAACCCGGCGGGGUUCGGCGUGGGGAUCGAUAGGGAGCGGUACGCGGCGAUCGUGGACAGGGGGAAGGAGAUUGCGCGAGGCCAUGUCAACCGCACGACGCUGCAGAGCUACUACAAGAUGCUCAUGUGGCAGCCGUUCGGACUGUGGGAGUCGUCGCUGCUGCGGAAUCCGGUGUUGAUGGUCGUGCCGGAGCUAGAUCGGCUGAGUCCGGCGGAGAGGCAGGUGACGCAGUUUGAGAAACUGAAGGGGAGUGGGAAGAGGCUGUUUGUGCAGAAGGGGGUCGGGCAUAUGGAUAUUGUCGAGGGGGAGCAUUUCCCGGAGUUGAUGCAGGUGAAGGUCAGGUUUCUGAGGGAGGUGAUGGAGGGAAGAAUUGCAUCUUAA